AUGGCAAGGCUUCUCUCCCCGUCUUUUUCCUACUGCUUACCUACUCGGAGCAAUCUACCUUUCUGCCGCUUCUCUACGUCUUCUACCAUCCCCAAAGUUAGUGAAGUAACCAACACUCCAGAACCUCCAGGCUAUAAACCCUAUAGCCCAUUUCAGUCAACUCAUGGGAAGUUGGACUACGCUAUUGCUCGAAUGGACGAUUUGAUAAACUGGGCUCGGAAAGUAUGUCCUAUUUCAUUUUUGACCUUCAGAAUUCCAUAUGGCCCCUUACCUUUGGACUUGCGUGUUGCGCUGUUGAAAUGA